AUGGAUUUAAAGGCAAACACGACGAAUUUCAGCAUCCAAACGUUGGUAAAUAACACCUCAAAUUUAAAUGGCUCGAAGACAGGUUUUGAGGAAGGUCAGCCAACCGCCUUCACAAUCGCCCAAGUCAUUUUCUACUAUGUCAUGAUUCUUCUAUCCUUGAUCGGUAACGCAGUGGUUAUCAAGACUGUUAGAAGAAUUAGAAAGAAAAUCACAAGAAAAGUACACUAUAUUUUUAUUGUCAACUUAUCUGUGGCAGAUCUACUCUUUGCAGUAGAGAACAUCCCUUUAACAUAUACAUAUUUAUUGAUGAAUGGAGCAUGGAAAAUCGAAGGUUUCUUUGGGAACAUUUUGUGCCGGCUAGAUCUUUUCCUAUCCUUGAUUCUCAUUUUGACCACAAAUCUAACCAUUCUGGCUAUCGCUGUGGAGAAAUUUUGCGGUAUAUUUUUCCCAAUGAGGACAUUUAUCUCAAGAAAACGAUCUUAUGUAAUUGUUGUGUCCACCUGGGUUAUUGGUGCGCUCUACGCUUCUCCAUUGCUCUGGUCAAACUUUGCCAAUCUCGUUCUUCAUCCUGACGGAUAUUUUCAAUGUUUUCUUUGCAUCCAGUGCGAGAAGGUUGUACAGUGGUUUAUUGUGCAAACAGUACUACUGGCCACGGGGUUCAUAACGACUCUCAUUCUGUACUCUGCAAUUGGGAUUAAAAUUUGGCUUGGUAAAACGCCCGGGUUUCGCCUUCACGAAGUAAAACGCAAAGGAAAAGAGAAAAAAUACAGAGCGAUAAAAAUGCUUGCAAUGUUGGUGGUCGUAUUUUACAUUUCCUUCAUACCAUUUUGGAUUUUUCAGAUUUCAAUUUAUUUCAGCUUUCAUGAGAGUCUUGGAUCAAACUAUGGUCAAAUUUCUGCAUUCCUCAUGUACUGUAACGGGGCCAUCAAUCCACUCAUUUACAGUCUUUAUAACUUGGACAUUCGCGGCCAAUUUAAAGCCUUGCUUAAGUGUAGAAGACCAGUUGAAAGGCCACCAAGCUUCACGACAUUUAGGACCAGAAGACAAACCGAAAAUGUGCAACUAAGGAACUUGUCUCGACUGCAGUCACCCAGGAGAGCUGAUGAACAAUUGAACUCUGUCUACAUUGCCCGUCACUUCGAGUACUGA